AUGGCGGCUGCGGGAGGGGGUCCCCGCUUCUCAGCUCUCCCCUCACCCGCCUUUCCCUUCCCCGCCGCCGCCCCCGCUCCGGGGAGAGCCUCCGCGCCGCUUCCGCCGCGCUUGGGAAACUCUCGCUUUCAUGGUCUCCCGCCCCCACCCCCACCCCGCUUAGUCCCUGGUCCCCAAAGGCCCCGUUGCCCCCGCCCCCGCUCAGUGCGGCCCCGCUGCCGCCCCCAUUACCUCAGCUGCCGGCCCAGCUCCACUGCUCGGGGCCCCUGGGCGCGGGCGGGCCAGCCGCUGAGCUGGUCGGCGCGGCCCCGGGAGCGGAGCGCGGCCUCCUCCCGCGCCGGCCUCCGCCGUGUCCCCGCCCGGCCCGCGCUGGGGCCCCGGCCCGGCCGCCGCCGCCGCCGCCGCUCCCGGGGGAGGAGGGGGAAUGGAGCCACUGCCGCCGCCGCCGCCGCUGCCGCCACGGAGCCCGGCCGAGGGGAGGGAGGGAUCAGCCCCCAGGCAGGAUCCGCCCCUCCGGCCUCCCCCCGCCACCUCCACCCCUUCCCUCGCUCCCUCCCUGGCUCCGCUGGCUUUCCCGCUGCACAGGAGCGAGAGCGUGAAAGAGGGGGGAAAAGGGAAAAAAAUCCCCCCGCCCGUGCCCGGCGCGGCGGCGGCCGGGGCGGCGCGGAGAGAAGCGCGGAGCCGCCGCCGCCGCCUCCACGGGGCACCGUCCCCCGCUCGGCCUCACGGUGGCGGUGCGGACUCGGCAGGGGCGCCGAGUGGAGACCGGGUUUAUGCCGCCCAGGUCCUGAGGACAAAGGUCUAGCGAUGUCCAUCCCCUCCCCCAAUGAGAACAGCCGGGAAAGACCCGCCUCUGUUGUGUACAGAACUCUACACUUUUUACCGUAUACUCAAUGGAAUGCUAAACCACAAGCCUGA